UAACUAAUAUCCUAGGUUUUGAUUCUGAUGUACCUCUCCACCCCUUAGGAGUUCAUGACAGCUAGUAGGGGCCCGAUUGAAACCACACAGCCAAAUUGUAUCUCUUCUCAGUUUAUUUGCCCUGUUUCUCAGAAGCUGCACAUCUCCACCAAGGAGAAAACCUUGGCUGAGUUGUCUCACACUGGCAGGGCUAACUCCCUCAAACAGGGUAUCUGUCAAUCUUCUCUUAGUCAUCCUGGCAGCAACCCACAACACAUUUUUAAACCCGGCUUGACUUCCCCUUUCUGGCCUUCUGAGUGACUGAACUGCUUUCCAUAUGUGCCUCACUAAGGAAACUUUCUAUCUGCCCUCAAAACAUAAUAGUAGGCAGGGACAAGAUACGGACCUCAAUCACAUCAUGCAUUCGAAAGUCAGGUAUAGGAAGAAUGCCUGUCUUUUCGUCUAUUAUUUAAUCCAGUUCUGUGGCCACUCAUGGAUCUUUACAAAUAUGACAGCCAGAUUUUUUUCAUUUGGAAAAGAUUCAGUGGUUGACACUUUUUAUGCUAUUGGACUUGUGAUGCAGUUUUGCCAGUCCAUGUCCCUCCUGGAGUUGCUGCACAUUUAUGUUGGCAUUGAAUCAGACCGUCUUCUCCCCAGGUUUCUGCAGCUCACGGAGAGAAUAAUCAUCCUCUUUGUGGUCAUCACCAGUCAAGAAGAAGUCCAAGAGAAAUAUGUGGUGUGGGUUUUAUUCAUCUUUUGGAAUCUAUUGGAUAUGGUUAGGUACACCUAUAGCAUGUUAUCAGUCAUAGGAAUCUCCUAUGCUAACUUGACGUGGCUCAGCCAAACACUAUGGAUGCCGAUUUAUCCUCUGUGUGUUCUCGCUGAAGCGUUUGCCAUCUAUCAGUCGCUGCCUUAUUUUGAAUCAUCUGGUACUUACUCCACCAAGCUGCCCUUUGAUUUAUCCAUCUAUUUCCCAUAUGUGCUGAAAAUAUAUCUCAUGAUGCUAUUUAUAGGAAUGGAGUUCCCAGAUUGCAGAAGAUCUGUUGGAGGGGAGGGAUGUAAAACAUACCCCGCAGUUGUGCAGUAUAACAUGUUUUAUAGAUAGAUAUCAUUGUCCACAGAGCUAAUAAUUCAAUACUCACCUUAAGCAUUAGUCACAAUUAGGAAAUUAAUUAUUUUUCUAAACUCUGAAAGAGUAUUCAUUAAUAUCACAUAAAUUAUUUGAGUUUGAUACAUUAAAACAGGAUCUUGAUGAAAAUAGAUUAAACUUUUGGGAAAUACACAAAUAAUGCCCCUUAAAUUCUUUCUUUCUUUUUCAAACCAGGAUACAGACAUCCUUUAUAGGGAGACAAAAGCUACAAAAUUAUAGUAAAUCAUUUACAAUAGACAAGAAAAUUAGUAACUAGUGAUAUUUCAGAUCAAUUAUUAAUGAAUUCUUAUUCCUAAUUACUACCCAAAGUCAUCACUUAUUGUUUUGAAAAAUGCUUCUUUCCUUGAAGAUCUAAAAGAAAAUGUGAAUAAUUGACUAAUAGAAUCAUUUGUGUAUCAUCAAUAUAUCAUUUUUCUUGAAAGAAAUAUUAGAGAUUUUAUUAUCCAGAACUAUAUUAAAAGAGUAUUAAGUAUAUUGCCACAUAAGAACCAGGUAAUAAAAUGUAAUUUAAAAAAAUUUGGCAAUCUUAUUUCCACUAAAUAAAACAUUUGAAAAGAAAUAGUUGAGUACUAAUAAAGAUACUUGAUAUCUAUAAACUCAAGGUCAUAUCUGGAAUUUUAAAAUAAAGUAAGUAAAAUUAUCCUUUUAAAAAGCUACAUUUUAUUUUGCUUUUUAAAGCUGCUUAUUCUACUUCUAAAUAAUUUUUAAAAAUUACUAAAAGCUUUAGUGUGCAAAGAGAAUAGAAUGCCUUUGCAAACUUCGGAUAAUUUAGUCUAUCUUCCUGCCAAUAAAGACGGCUACAUACUUUGAUAAAUUAUACAUCUAGAAUUACUAAAAUGAAGAGACGGAACUAGAGAAACUAUGCGUUACUGGGUAAUUAUAAGAAAUUAAAAUUUUCAUUAUAAUACUUUAAUUUUUAGACUAGAUUACCUUAAGAACUUUCUUACUUUUUAAAAUAAAAGAUCAAAAAGAAACACAGAUGAAUUUAUAAUUACUAUAAUUUUGAAGUAAUGAUGAGGGUUGGCAAUAAUUUGAGAUAUAUCUAAUAGCUGUAAUAUACUAUAAAAAAUAAGGAUCUCUGGUGGCACAGUGGUUAAGCACUUGGCUGCUAACUGAAAGAUUGGUGGUUCGAACCCACCAGCCACUCUGUGGAAGAAUGAUGUGGCAGUCUACUUCCGUAAAGAUUACAGCCUUGGAAACCCUAUGGGGCCGUUCUACUCGCUAUGAAUUGGAAUCGACUUGACGGCAAUGGGUUUGGUUUGGAAUAUAAAAAUUUAUUAUUGACAAAGUCACAGAUAAUUAAAAUACUGUGGUUGGUUGUCUACAUUUAUAAUUGAAAGAAAUACUAAAUUUCAUUAGAAGCUAGUGAAAAAAUAUAAUUUUUUCCCCAUUUAAGUUCAUGUUCCUCAGGUUAAGAGAUCUGGGUUUAGUGAAGUUGAGACAGUAAAUAUCCAGUUCAUAGGAUGUUACUCAGAUUCUAAAGUUGAUUUUUUUGACUGUUUUAACUGUAUGUCCAUCAAAUCUCCAUUUUAUUUUGUACUGUGUAUUCAAAGGCUAUGUUUCUCAAAAUCUAAGUAAUGUAGAUGAAAUAGGAACUGUUAGAUAUUUUGAAAGCAUAAGACAUAACUUUUUUAAUGAUCUUUGUUUUUUUUUUGGAAUUUUAAAUGCCAAGUUGCUUUGUCCCAAGUUCCAAGUAACCCAAGCUAAGGAAGAGUAAUCAAUAUCCCUAGUGCCUCUGGUACUGAGAAAAAAAAAGUGGGACGGGGGGAGCGGGGUCAAACUGCAUUGCAUCAAAACUGCUUUAGAGAAUUUAUCACUCAGUAAAAGUCUACUAAAUUAUACAAGUAAUAUCAUCAGAACCCUGGGCUUUUUCUUUAUCAAAGUAGUUGAAUGAAAGCAAUAACAUUUCCUCCAAACAUGUCCAUUCAGUUUAGAUGAGUUUUAUGUUACUCCAGUAUAUUUUUCAAGAAACCCUCUUAUCCUGGGCUUAUGUUUUGCUCAACAAACAGGUCAACCUUAGGCGAGUAGGUUGAUCCCUAGUCGGCGUCAUAUGCAUGCCUACCUUCAUUCAAAAAACACUUAACUGUGCCUACAGUGUGCCAGGCACCUUGUACCACUAUAAAACCUUUACCCAGGCCUCCUUCAAACAAGUUUAUUACUAAAGAAUGAAACAUGUCACAAUGAAGUCCCUAACAGAAGUUAACGGUUUUUUUUUAACCAUACCUUAUUCUGAUUAUCCUUGAGUACAUUAUCACACAUAAGAACCAUAUUUCUUUUAGAAAUUGAAGUAGAUACACAAACAUUAAUUUCUAAAAUGUUUCUCCAGAGAACCUUAUAUAUAUUUAAGCUUACUUGUAGAGAAACACAUUUACAUCUUAUUGUGCUAAAGUAUAAAAAUGGGGUCUUUUGAAAGAGAAUGUGGUAUAGAGAUAGAGCCCUAGAUGUAAUUAGAGAUCGAGCUCCAGUAUUUUACUAAGUGACUGACUCUUCAAGUUCCAAUUUCCUUAGCUGCCCAAGUUUGUUUCGAAGAGCAAAUGAGGUAUGCGGAAGUAUACCUUUGUACAUUAGAAAGGGUUAUAGGGUCGCCAUGAGUUGGAACUGACUAGACGGCAACGGGUUUGGUUUGGUGGUUGUGGUAUACAGAAGUAGGGCAUUUAUAACAUGCUGCCUGGAUACUUUCCUUUAUUAGAUGAUGGUUUACUGAUUUAAAUUCUCUGAAUAUAAGCUCCAGGUGGGCAGGGAUACCAUCAGGUCUUGUUCACUUUUUACUCCAGAACCUUGUAUCGUGGCACGCAGUAGACACAAAACUGUUUGCAAGGAAUGAAUAGCAACUCUUGACUUUAUGACUUAUUACAACUACAUGUAAAAAAAUAUAUAUAUUUUAAGCAACCUAUCAGAUUAACUAAAUGUUAAGUUUUAAUUAUAUCAGACUAAUUUCAAAGGGUACCUCAUGUUCAGAAGACAGUUUUUUAAAAACCUGAAAUAUCUUAAUGUGCUGGGAUGUUUUUAUUGUUAAGGAGAACAGUUUCUUAAUUAAGAAACUAGCACUGGCGGCGCAGUGGUGAAGAGCUCGGCUGCUAACCAAAAGGUCGGUAGUUCGGAUCCACCAGCCAAUCCUUGAAACCCUAUGGGGCAGUUGUACUCCGUCCUGUAGGGUCGCUAUGAGUCAGAAUCCACUCGAUAGCAACAGGGUUUGGUUUCUGGUUUGGUAUUACCUUCCCAGGUCCCCAUGUACAUGUUGUCAGGCUUGUGUUCAAGGACUAUAGGUACUGUUUUUUUUCAGUGAAACAUAAAAGUGAUAGCAUUUCUGUAACAUUUUAGAAUUUAUAAAGCACAUUUUUGUAUUCUCUCUUUUAAUCCUCACAACUACCUUGUGAGGUAGGUUUUUUCUUUUCUUUUUUUAAUUUAAAAAAUACAAGCAUAGCUCAGGGAGAUAUCAUUGUCAAUUGUAUUCAAUUUUAUAUUUAAUAAUUUAGCUGAAAAUUAUUUCAGAAGUUCCCUAUGUUUGGCAAGAAUCAGAUGAGCUUCCUAAGGUGAGUUAAAAAAAAAACAAA